AUGAUGGGAUACUCACUCUCUGGAACCAAAAUUCCUGUGCACUAUAUCUGCAGAUGGGCAACUCAUGCCAUCCACUUGGUGGUCUUUCAUGAGAGGAGUGGUAACUACCUCUGGCAUGGCCACCUACGACUCAAAAGACACAUUGACAGGAAAUUUGUUCCUUUUAGAAAGCUACAGUUUGGUCAUUAUCCUGGAGCUUUUGACAGGCCAGAGUUACAGCGAGUUACUGUUGAUGGACUAGAAGUUCUCAUUCCAAAAGAUCCAAUGCACUUUCUAGAAGAAAUACCACAUUGUAGGUUUAUUGAGUGUAGGUAUAAACAAGCCUGGGCAUUCUUCCAGCAAUUCCUUGAUGGUAACACUGUAGAAGCAAUGGCCUUUCAGAAGAAUGCAAAAGAAUUAUUGCAACUAGCAGCCAAAACAUUAAACAAAUUGGAAGUACAAUUCUGGCUGAGCAGUGGAACUUGUCUAGGAUGGUAUCAGCAAUGCAACAUUAUUCCUUAUAGCAAAGAUGUCAACCUAGGAAUUUUUAUGCAAGAUUACAAACCUGGUAUUAUUUUAGCAUUUCAGGAUGCAGAACUUCCACUCAAACACAAAUUUGGGAAGGUAGAAGACAGCUUGGAACUAUCCUACCAGGGAAAAGAUGAUGUAAAACUUGAUAUUUUUUUCUUCUGUGAAGACACUGACAACAUGUGGAAUGGAAGAACACAGUGUAAAACAGGAAAAAAAUUUAAAUACCUGUUUCCCAGAUUUACACUGUGUUGGAUGGAAUUUGUGGACAUGAAGGUCCAUGUGCCCUGUGAAACCCUUGAAUACAUUGAAGUCAAUUAUGGUAAGACCUAGAAGAUUCCUGUGAAGACAUGGGACUGGAAGCACUCUCCCCUCAAUGUGCAGCCCAGUGGAGUCUGGCCUAUUUCUGAGGGGGAUGAGGUUAUCCAAUUAUACUGAGCUACUCUAUGGAAGUGGGAGAAUUCGCCUCCUGAAAAAGAGAUGGAUAACUGUUUUUAAAAAU